UCCGCAUCCGUAACACCUAAUCCGCUCCUGUCUAUCUGUUCACAUUCCACGCAACCACGCCAAGAGGGUCGAGAGAUCAAGAUCGGGAGCGAGAGAGAUGGAGGAAGUGGGGCUAGUGAUCUUGCCAGCCCCAGGAAUCGGGCACUUGAUCUCUACCGUGGAAUUAGCAAAACGCCUUGUGAAGCAGAAGCCCUUCUCCAUCACAAUCCUCAUGAUGCGCUUUCCAGUCCCCGGCACUGACGCCUACAUCAAAUCCGUUGCCGCCUCCGGUCUCGACAUCCGAUUCGUUGACCUCCCUUCCAUCCAGUUCCCACCCUUCGAGGAGAGUCAGGGCCCAGAAACAUUCGUCUCCUUAUUCAUCGAACGCCACAAGCCCUUGGUCAAGGACGCCAUCACAAGUAUCUCUGCCUCGACGAAAACCCGUUUCGUCGCAUUGAUCAUCGACCUCUUCUCCACCACCAUGAUCGACGUGGCAACCGAGCUCGGCAUCCCUACAUACUUAUACUUUACAUCAUGCGCAGAAUUGCUAGCGCUCAUGCUCUACCUCCCGACGCUCCACACCCAGAUACCCUGCGAGUUCCAUGAAUACCAAGGAGAAGUAGAGAUUCCUGGGUUGCGGCCGUUGCCUCCCAACGUCAUGCCAACGCCACUGAUGAACAAGAAAACUGACGGGUACGCAUGGUUCGUCCACCACGGCCGAAGAUUCCGAGAAACACAAGGAAUUAUCAUCAACACAUUCUCCGAGCUAGAGCCGACCGCACUUGAGGCUGUGACCGACGGCCGAUGCCUGCCCGACCACGCAACUCCGCCUAUUUACCCAGUGGGACUAUUGAUCGCUCUCGGCGAGAAUUCCCAAUCCAAAUCAACUGGCUUGAUCGAAUGGCUGGACAAACAACCGCGGGCGUCAGUUGUCUUCCUGUGCUUUGGAAGCAUGGGCACCUUCUCCCCGCCGCAGGUGAAGGAGAUAGCACAGGGGCUGGAGAAGAGCGGGGAGCGGUUCCUUUGGUCUCUGCGGUGCCGUGCAUCGGAGAAGCUCAGCAUGCCAGUCGAUGCGGAUUUGGACCAGGUCUUGCCGGAUGGUUUCUUGGAUAGGACCAAAGGGCGGGGAUUGGUGUGGCCGUCCUGGGUGCCGCAAGCAGCAAUCCUCGCCCACCCGGCAGUUGGAGGAUUUGUUUCCCACUGUGGCUGGAAUUCGGUCUUGGAGAGCUUAUGGUUUGGAGUGCCUAUAUUAGCAUGGCCGCUGUAUGCUGAGCAGAGGCUUAACGCUUUCCAGCUUGUGAAGGAUUUCGGUCUGGCCGUGGAAAUGAAGUUGGAUUUUGAUGGACAUGGGUUGGUUAGUGCGGAGGAAUUGGAAAGGGGAGUAAGGUGUUUAAUGGAAGACUCUGAGGAAGGGAUGAAAAUGAGGAAGACGGUAGAGGAAAAAGGAGAGGUGAGUAGGAAUUCUUUGAAAGACGGGGGCUCUUCUUUCGCUUCCUUGGAGCGCCUUGCCGACAUACUCAUCCAUGGUUCAGCCUUUCCACAUUGACCGGAGAAUCUGAUUAUGGUAGAACUGUAGUUAUGCAGAUCAUGUAGCAUGUUGAGAUAUCAAUCUGGUCUGUUCA